AUGUCGCUCUCCGAUAAAGAAUUAUUCGAAUUAAACAAAAAGGCUGUGACUGAAGGGUUUAAGAUCAAGCCCCGUGUGAACUACAACACCGUCAGUGGUGUCAAUGGUCCAUUGGUCAUUUUGGACAACGUCAAGUUCCCAAGAUACAAUGAAAUCGUCAACUUGACUUUGCCAGACGGUUCCAUCAGACAGGGUCAAGUUUUGGAAGUCAGAGGCACCAAGGCCAUUGUCCAAGUCUUUGAAGGUACCUCGGGUAUCGAUGUCAAAAAGACCAGAGUCGAGUUCACUGGUGAGAACUUGAAGAUACCAGUCUCCGAAGAUAUGUUAGGUAGAAUCUUCGAUGGUUCUGGUCGUCCAAUUGACAAGGGUCCUAAGAUCUUUGCCGAGGACUACUUGGAUAUCAACGGUUCCCCAAUUAAUCCUUUCGCCCGUAUCUACCCAGAAGAAAUGAUUUCUACCGGUAUCUCUGCCAUCGAUACCAUGAACUCCAUUGCUAGAGGUCAAAAGAUUCCAAUUUUCUCAGCCUCCGGUUUGCCUCACAACGAAAUUGCUGCCCAAAUUUGUAGACAAGCUGGUUUGGUUAGACCAACUAAGGAUGUCCAUGAUGGUCAUGAGGAGAAUUUCUCCAUUGUUUUUGCCGCUAUGGGUGUGAACUUGGAAACUUCCAGAUUCUUCAAGCAGGAUUUCGAAGAGAAUGGUUCUUUGGAAAGAACUUCUUUGUUCUUGAACUUGGCUAAUGACCCUACCAUUGAAAGAAUUAUUACUCCUCGUUUGGCCUUGACCACUGCCGAAUACUUGGCUUACCAAACCGAAAGACACGUCUUGACCAUCUUGACCGAUAUGUCUUCUUACGCUGAUGCUUUGAGAGAAGUCUCUGCCGCCAGAGAAGAAGUUCCAGGUAGAAGAGGUUACCCAGGUUAUAUGUAUACCGAUUUGUCUACCAUCUAUGAAAGAGCUGGUAGAGUUGAAGGAAGAAAUGGUUCCAUCACUCAAGUUCCAAUUUUGACCAUGCCUAACGAUGAUAUCACUCACCCUAUUCCUGAUUUGACUGGUUACAUUACCGAAGGUCAAAUCUCGAUUGAUAGACAAUUAUACAACAGAGGUAUCUACCCACCAAUUAACGUGUUACCAUCCUUGUCUCGUUUGAUGAAGUCUGCCAUUGGUGAAGGUAUGACCAGAAAGGAUCACGGUGAUGUCUCUAACCAGUUAUACGCCAAGUAUGCCAUUGGUAAGGAUGCCGCUGCUAUGAAGGCCGUCGUUGGUGAAGAAGCUUUAUCCAACGAAGACAAAUUAUCAUUAGAAUUCUUGGAAAAGUUUGAAAAGAACUUUAUUGCUCAAGGUGCUUAUGAAAACAGAACCAUUUUCGAGUCUUUGGACCAAGCUUGGUCGUUGUUAAGAAUUUACCCUAAGGAAUUGUUGAACAGAAUUAGUCCAAAAAUCUUGGCUGAAUUCUACGAAAGAGAAAGGGAACAAGAUGAUGAUGAAGAAGAAGAUGCUGACAAGUCCCACGAUUUGAUCGAUGCAUAA